AAGGAAUCGUUAAGAAGAUAACCUUAAAUCGUAUCCAGAGAGAUGUCGUGCAGCAGUGGAUCUGCAGCUCGUCCUUCGCUGCCAAGCGAGCUGGAGUGGGUCAGUUGUGUAGCGUGUGGGAGGAGCUAUGAAUCUGAGCUCUUGUUGUCCAACUGUGGACACAUUUACUGCUUGCAAUGUAAAGAUCAGGGACGACAGCAUUGUACACUGUGUAACAGGUCGGCCAUCAAGUUCAUGCCAAUCACUGCAGAUAUUAAGCGAAACCCUCAAGUGGGUCAUCUGUUUUGCAAUGUGAACCAGACACUCAAGAGCAUCCUCGAUGUGAUUGUCUUCCAAGAUAUGCACAAGAGAGCGCACAUCAGGAAGAUGAACUCCAUGAGGCGUGGUGUGCCCCAACACUCUCAGCAGACAUUGCAACAGAAGCUGAUGGAGAGAAGGCAACAAACUAUUGCUACUCUGAAGGAGGCAGAACAGCUGGUGAGGGAAAUGAGGGCACUGGGGCUGCAGAAUGGAGACAUGUUGUGCUACCCUAAUAGCAGUGGGGACAAAGUAAAUGGAAUGAACAUAUUGCAAAUGAGUGUCAAGUUAAUCAACGCAACCAAGCCUGGGUCUGACCUACACAAGGUUGCUGCACUGCUGAAACAAUCACCCUCGAUACGACAAUCCAAGAAUUACUGCAAUACGCCCUCGUCCAAAACAGUGCCAACCAACACUCCUCAGUUGGCUGCUAUGAGAUCCACUCCUGUGUCUAUGAUGAGUACUUCAUCACUGCAACCCACACCCACACACACGGCAAAGACAGGAGCACAACCCACACCCACACCUGUGUCCACGAAAACACCAUCCUCACAGCAUGGUACCAAGAGCUACUUCACAGCCAAAGGUUCAGCAGCUCGAUCAGUGCCCCCCAAAGUAGUGACCCCCAGAGCAGCGUCGAGGGGGCAGUCUCCGAUGGUGACCCCUCAGUCUAAAAGAGCCGCCCACCACCUCCACACACCCACCAACUCUGUGAUGGCACAUCAAUUUGGACUGAGCUCGUUCUCAGGUUCAGUUAGACGCCCGCUGCCCCAGCAGAGGGGGUCAAUGCCACCCCCUCCACCACCGCCCACACUCCCACUACUCACAGGGGCACAUCCCAACAGUUCUUUUAUGAUUGCAGGGUCUACCCCAAUGUCAGUGAGCAGUGCAUCUCCCAAAGACUUGUAUUCUCACAAUCGACGGCUGCCCUCCUCCCACAUAACCCCCUCCCCUCGUGUCUAUCACACACCACAGUCCCUACAGCAGCACAGCGGAGGGUCUCAGCGAUCAUCAGUGAGGAGAUCGGCUGAAGCACCGGGUCCCUACCUCACACCAUCCGGCAGCAGCAGCAGGAAAAGAACACUAGUGACUCCUGACUCUGGGAGACUGUCCCUCCGAGCGAGGCCAGCUGGUGGGAGACUAGUACGCACUGGUACCGACUAUCAGAGCCCCUCCCCCAUGACCCAGGGGACAACCCCUAGCAGCACUGCAAGACUACCUAACAGUGCGAGAAUGGACGUUUGCUAAUAAUCACUCAUUCUAUUUAUGCAUUAUUUCAUAAUUAUUAUAUCCACAUGUUGAAGCUGUUUGGCAAAAAUUAAUACUUAUUCUUGUUAAAGUGAA